AUGAGCUUGCGUCUAGGAAUAAGAUCAAGGGCACUCCGUCCAUCAAACAUGUUAGUCAAAAAUUCAAUAGCUAACUCACACAGACAAUUGCCUAUGAUUAGGCAAAACUCCACCAAGGCAACUAUAUACGAUCAAGUCACAGGUAAAACGAUACCACUUGCUGAUCCAGAACACCCAGAAUGGGCCGACUACAAGAACCCGCCAUCAAUUUUGGCUCAAAAGAAAGACCCAUACUUGAAAUAUGAUGACCAACAAAAUAGAAGAAACUUGAACGAUCCAGUGAAUAUGGAUGAAGAUCUCUACGACAUCUGGUCUCCUGAUUACUAUGAUUUCGUGUCUGACUCAACAGCUUUGAAACAUAAUGGUAUAUUCUUUGGUUUACUCUUUGGUAUUGCCGGAGUCGUAGCUUACUUUCAAUUAAACCCUGAAAAGCCAGCUAUGAUUAGAUCAUUCCCAUACAAUGGAUUAGCUGAUUCUCUAGGUGCCCCAUCAAAGGAGGAUGCUCCAUUUUAUCAAAAUAAACCUGAUGUUACUGCUGAAAAGGAAUGUGGUGUAUUGCCGGAAGAGUCCGAUGUUGCUUUAAACAGGGACUCAUAUGAAAAGAGUAAUGCAUCUUACAUAAAGGCUUAA